GAAGUAACAACACAAACAACAACAAUUGACACAGAGAGAUAAGAUAUAAAAUACCCAAACCCCACAAGUCCACAACACCUACCCACCUAUUUUGCCUUCUCACACAGUAACCCCCAUUGUACUGCCCAACAAAUCACACUCCUCAUUUUCCUCUUUCUUUUCUCACCUCUCUCUCUCUCUCUCUCUUUCCCACAAUCCACAUGGGCACCAGUCUCUUAGAAAAUCUCAAUGUCCGUGUAGAAGGGUCCGGUCAGAAAACCUUGGUUCUGGCUCAUGGCUUCGGCACAGACCAGUCCGUGUGGCAGAGAAUUCUCCCUUACUUCACACCCUACUACCGAGUCAUUCUCUAUGACCUCGUCUGUGCCGGCAGUGUCAACCCUGACUUCUUCGAUUUUCGCCGCUACACCACUCUCGACGCCUAUGUCGAUGACUUGCUCUACAUCCUCGACGCCCACCGCGUCGAUCGCUGCGCCUACGUCGGCCACUCCGUCUCCGCCAUGAUCGGAAUCUUAGCCGCCAUUCGCCGCCCUGAACUCUUCUCCAAGCUCAUCCUCAUCGGCGCUUCUCCAAGAUUCCUAAACGACAAUGAUUACCACGGUGGGUUCGAGCAAGGAGAGAUUGAGAAAGUUUUCGAAGCAAUGCAGUCGAAUUACGAGGCAUGGGUGAACGGUUUCGCACCAUUGGCAGUGGGAGCUGAUGUUCCAACAGCAGUUCGAGAAUUCAGUCGAACCCUAUUCAACAUGAGGCCUGACAUAUCCUUGUUCGUUUCCCGCAUGAUUUUCAACAGCGAUCUGAGAGGGGUCCUAGGCCUAGUCAAAGUACCUUGUUGCAUAUUUCAGACAGCUCGAGAUGUGUCUGUUCCAGCCUCAGUUGCAACCUAUUUGAAGGACCAUUUGGGUGGUCGUAACACCGUGGAGAUGCUCGAGACUGAGGGUCAUUUGCCCCAUUUGAGUGCACCAUACCUUUUGGCUCAAAAGCUCCGUCGAGCUCUUUCCCGUUAGCCUAUAGCUAAGCUAGGCUGGCUUAGGCUAAGCUAAGCGGGUACAAAAAAAAUAGUGUGGGGUCGUGACAAUAUGUAAUAAGGGUCGAGAUCAUCACACAUGGCGAAUAAUUUGUGGACAUUAGUCCUUCGACUUUGGAUUAUAUAUAUAUGAUCUGAUUUUCACUUGUCAGAGGAUAAGAAUCUUCACGUGUUUUUCACGUGAUGACGUACUCUUUUUGUCUUCUUUCUUUUUCUUUUUUAAUAUUUAAGAUCUUAUUUUUUUUCUUUUCUUCUGGGUGUUCUCUUUUUUAUCUUUAUCUGGGCAGACCAGACCAGACCAGUGGCUGUGAAAAGAAAUGAAAUGAUUUUACUUU